GUUAUAAUCAACAUGAAUACUUCUCAGGACAGCAUUAAUGAGCAAUUUGAUGACUACAGGCACGAAAUUCAGAGCAUCAAAAGCAGCGAGAAGGAAAUCACAGAGGAAUAUAGGAAGAAUGUUAAGAGAAGAAAUCUUGACUGGGGAGCGAGACUUAAAAAUUUGAAUAAGGCACUUAGAGAUAAACUUAAGGGUUUGAAUGAAAUGCUGGAGAAAGAGCUUGAUAGGGUCUAUGUCAAGAGCCUUAACCCGAAAAAUGUGUAUACUAAACAAGCUGAUGUGAGUAAGCAGAAGAUAGUAGCUGAUAGGGAGCUUGAGAAUGCUCAGAAGCAAUAUGAGCAGAGUUUGCAUUAUAAAAUGAAACUAGAGAGGGAGAAUAAUCAAGCAGGUGAUCCUAACGAUCUAAUUCAGCUCGAAGAACAACUUAAAGUUCUUAAAAAUAAAAAGAAAGCUCUUACCAAAAUUGUGACUGACCUAACUUGUGAUGGCAAUCUCAUCGGAAAACAAAUUGAAAUCGCUAAUCGCCAGCUCGAAGAUCCUAAUGAAGCUGAUAAUUUGUUAUACAAACUCAAAGCCAUUCGUAAAAAGAAAGAUGCCAUCAGAGCCAAACACCUCAAACACAAAGAAGUCAUGAAGAAGAUCACUCUCGGAGUCGAAGAUGCCAAGCACAAACUUGAGCGUGAAACCAGGAAAGUUGACGAAGCUGAACGCAGAAACGCUGAGAGUGCUCCCAAGGCAACUCCGAACCAGUCUCUCAUAGAUGAUGGGGCUGACUACAGCACCAACACUGAAGAAGCAGAGUACCACAAACACAGAAAGACUUUGAUCGAACUCAAAUAGAGCCACCAAAGACAAGAAGCUUGAACUCGACAAGCUCUUCAUUGAACUGCAUGAGCGUGACAAAGAAAACCGACUACUGAACCUCAAAGUCAAAGAGCUAGAACGGAUGGUUCCGCAGAACAGGCUGAAUCCGGUUUCGCGAGACAGGUCUUCCAACGUCAUCCGCAGGCGCAAGAGAAUGAAAUAACUCAUCAAUCGCAGAGGCCAACAAUAGCGUUAUCGUUACCCGCAAUGAGCGGAGGCUCAAGAGCAUCAAAGCAAAGAAGCCAGCUGACACCAGAAGCAUCGAGCGAGUCAAGAGGGUCGACAGCAACAAGAAGUUGGUGUCUGAGGCACCGAAGCAAGGAAGCUCAGGAGCUGACGAGAAGAGGAAGCAGUCUACUGAGGAAGUAGACAAUGAUUCCCCUAAGCAUGUGAAAAUUAAAGAAAUCAAAGAAGAUCAAUUAAAAAGAAAAGAAUCUUCAGAUGCAGAAUUUGAAAUGGGUAAAGGUCUGAAUGGAGAACCUUCAAUAAUCAAGAACCUCGACUCUCUGAAGAAACCAAGUGAUCCCAAUCCAACAACUUUCAAGACGGAAGUUGACAUAAAAUAAUGAAAAUUUCAAGGAUAUAGUUACAAA